AGACAAAGUGGCAGGUGGAGAGCUGCCGUCUCUCGGUGAAUCGCAGGCAAUGCAGGGGCCAGAUUUAAUUUAACGCAUGUAGCUUCUUAGCAAGAUGCGAUUCAUUUACAGACAUUAACUGUGUCCACUUAACUUGGCUCUAGACUUGGAGUUCAGAAAGAGACCCACGAAGCAACUGGAAAAUCAGUUUUCAGGCCGCCGGCAAAGCAAACCACGCCACCCGGCUUCCGGGGAUUCAGGAGCCGCAAGCGAUUGACGGCAGACGUCGGUCGGUCGGUGGCUCGAGGGGGAGGAAAGACGGAGCGAGCGUUCACAUCGGCUCAGACAUCCACCUCUCGGUUUCAGCCACCUUCGAGAUGUCAAGAAAGCUGCACAGGACUGAAGUCUGCGCUGACUGCAGUGCGCCAGACCCGGGCUGGGCCAGCAUCAACCGAGGGGUUCUGAUCUGUGAUGAGUGCUGUUCAGUCCACCGCAGCCUGGGCCGCCAUAUUUCCAUAGUAAAGCACUUGAGGCACAGUGGAUGGCCUCCAACACUACUCCAGAUGGUUCAGACUUUGGCCAGUAAUGGAGCCAACUCCAUAUGGGAACACAGUCUCCUGGACCCUGCACAGGUGCAGAGCGGUCGAAGGAAACCAAACCCUCAGGACAAAGUCCAUACUGCUAAGUCAGAGUUCAUCAGAGCCAAAUACCAGAUGUUGGCAUUUGUGCAUAAGCUUCCAUGUCGGGAUGAUGAUGGUGUCACUACAAAGGAUCUCAGUAAGCAACUUCACUCGAGUGUGCGGACUGGGAGUUUAGAGACGUGUCUUCGCCUCUUGUCCCUCGGUGCUCAGGCCAACUUCUUCCACCCGGAGAAAGGCACCACCCCGCUUCAUGUGGCAGCGAAGGCGGGGCAGAUCCUGCAGGCCGAGUUGCUCGUUGUGUACGGCGCCGAUCCCGGAGCUCUUGAUAUCAACAGGCGCACACCGAUGGACUACGCUAGGCAGGCCGGCCACGUCGAGCUAGCAGAGCGUCUCGUAGAGUGUCAGUAUGAGCUGACGGACAGACUGGCCUUCUACCUUUGUGGCCGGCGACCAGAUCACAAAAAUGGCCACUAUAUCAUUCCUCAAAUGGCAGACAGAGCUCGUCCUAAGUGCCCAACACAGAGUCUUGACCUCUCUGAACUCGCAAAGGCUGCCAAGAAGAAGCUGCAAGCUCUCAACAACCGGUUGUUUGAAGAACUAGCUAUGGAUGUGUAUGAUGAGGUGGAUCGCAGGGAAAACGAUGCAGUGUGGUUGACGACGCAGAACCACAGCACUCUGGUAACAGAACGGAGCGCCGUGCCGUUCCUGCCGGUCAAUCCUGAAUACUCUGCCACAAGAAACCAGGGUCGUCAGAAGCUGGCUCGUUUCAACGCUCGGGAGUUCGCCACACUCAUCAUUGACAUCCUGAGUGACGCCAAGCGGAGACAGCAGGGAAAAGGACUCAGCAGUCCUACUGAUCCACUGGACCUGGGCAUCGAUGAUGAUGAGCACGACUACGAUAAUGUAGCUUCUGAUGAAGACACGGACAGCGAGCUGACCACCCAGAACAACAACAACACACAACGCAGCAACCGUGCAAAGAGCAUGGACUCCUCUGACCUGUCCGACGGCCCCAUCACCCUGCAGGAGUAUCUGGAGGUAAAGAAGGCCCUGGCCUCCUCAGAAGCCAAGGUGCAGCAGCUGAUGAAGGUCAACAACAACCUGAGCGAAGAGGUCCGGCGGCUGCAGAAGGAGAUCACCCGGAUGCAGACAGAGAACAGUGCGUUACGGGGGGGCCAGCAGGCUGGGGGGGCAGCUGGCCAUGGGGUUGGGGGCCCAGGUGGAGGGGGGGGAGGCCACUGGGUGAGUGGCGGGAUGUUUGGAGGAGUUGUUGCUGGGGGUUUGGGUGGGUUCGGUUCAGGAGCUGACCCCACGGGGCUCUCUGUGCCCCCCUCAGCCAGCCCUUACCCCCCUCUCCACCGAAGGGACCGGCAAGCCAUCUCCAUGUAUGAGCCGGGGGCAGCCCCGGGGCCCACGGCUCACGGCCCCCCAGCCCUGGACUCCCUUGCAGCCCGCCUGCAGCCCCUCAACACACCCAGCGUAAGGAAGGGCGGAGUUAGUAGUCCAGGGCUGUAUGGAGUCCAGCACGUGUCCGGAUCUACGGAGAUGGGCCGAUACAUGGUGUCCAAACCCGAGAAGCACGGCAGCGGCACAGACAGUGACUAUGACAACACACACGAUCAUUUACAAAGUAUUGGCCGGAGCAGCGAAGAGGAGGGUCGAGGCGAGUCUGAGGAGGGAGGGGGCGGCGAUGCGGGCGAGCCGGAUCCCACCCUGCCAUGCACAGAGGACGUGAUACUGAAGACGGAGCAGGUGACUAAGAACAUCCAGGAGCUGCUGAGGGCCGCACAGGAGUUCAAACACGACAGCUUUGUCCCGUGUUCUGAGAAGAUCCACUCUGCCGUCACUGAGAUGGCUUCCCUCUUCCCCAAACGGCCAGCGCUCGAUACGGUCCACUGCUCCCUGCGCCUGCUGGCUUCCAGCGCCUCGCGGCUGCAGGUGGAGUGUCGCAAGGCGGCGCCCUCGGAGCCCGGGGCCCCGGCGGUGGACUACCAGCUGCUCACCCAGCAGGUCAUCCAGUGCGCCUACGACAUCGCGAAGGCUGCUAAGCAACUGGUCACCAUCACAACACGCGAGAAGAAGCAGUGACCGAACCAACACAGAGACGGGGAGAGAGAGGCAAGAGGCCGAUGCAUGGGGGAGGGGCCUUCGGGGGGGAAAGGAGGACGAGGGACGACACGAUCAGGCUGCGGAUGGAGGGAGCGAUGGAGGAAGAGAAGAAAAGCUUGGAAGAUGCAUGAGGAAGCAGAGAUUGUUCUGGACAAACGGCAAAAGCGUGGAAGUGAAGGUAGGGGAAGGACAGGUAGAAGGGUCCGAUCUGGAGUUGGAAUGAGAAGCGUUUAAUAAACCGCUGAAACUGUGUGGGAAAACAUGAGACCUGAUGUUGGGAGAUGUACAGCGAACUGGAUUCUUAAACGUUAUUGCUUUAUUUAUUUUGGUCCAACGUUGUCCGUCCCGUUUUGUGCGCCUUGUCGCCUUGGGAAGAACUUCUGCCACAGAGAGAGAAGCGGCACAGCCUCCUGGGAGAAGGCGGGACAUUCCUCCUCUCCUUUCCCCUUUCCUCUCUUUCUUCCCUUUCUCCCCCAUCUUGUCUGUCCAACCUGAAGUGUGGACCCUCUCUGUUUCCACUGACGUCCCGGGCAGGACGAGCGAGCGGCGCAGAGGAGGACACACCUCCACCGAGGCCCUCAGACUCUCCGGCUUUUCUACUGGAGGGCCUUGAGUUUUUCUUCCAACCCAUCGCUGUCUUGUUGUUGGUGGUACACAGCAUGAUCUGGCAUGUUUUCAUUUCAGUUUUUUUUUUUUUUUUUUUUUUUCAUUUCUUUCUGAACCCGCAAAUCAGAUUGAUUUGCACCUCUAAGGACUUUCGCCCCACCCCUUUUUUACUGACUUUAAACACUUACACUGGAAUAAUUAUGAUUUAUUGUUUAUCAUGUUUUUUUGUUUUUUUUUUGUAUUGACAAUUUUACUGACUGUUAUUUUGAUUUAACUGUUUCUGUAAGUUUAUUUUAUUGUGCUAAAAUGAAUUCAGAAAUAACAGGGAGACAGCUGGGAGUACUUUCCCCUCUCGCUGGAAGAUGAGCAAAUCUGCACACUUAGAGAUCAACAAGAACCUGAGAAGAGGUUCCCCAGCAUUUCGAAGCACUCCUCUUCUUUCCUCUCAUGUUAUCUUGUGGCCAAGGGGUUGAAACAGUUGCCAAAGGAGAGUGCGUUUCAUUUUCUGUCAGAGCAGAAGCCCCUUCGUCACAUUGUAGACAGAAUCUAUCUUUUUUUUGUGCUUGAUUUCUCCUGAAAAAUAUAUAUAUAUAUAUAUUCUGCCUCAUUUAUACACAGCCAGUGGAAUCAUCUCAGAAUCAUUCGCAGUGCCAAGCGGGAUAAUAAUAAACAACAACAA